AUGGCUGCCUGCUACCUCUACAGUCCCGCCCAGCCGGUUAUGGCGAUCACAGCCAGCAGAGCCCAAUGGACGCUCUCACCCGUUUUCGCCUCUGCACAAGGCUCCUCCUACCCGCACUCCCAAUCCGCGCAACAUCUCCCUGCAUUCCCCCCGCCUUCCACCACCACCACCCGAUUCGUCUCCCCUCCGGCUAAAUCUGCUGCGCUAACAUCGGAAUCGACGCCGAACCGCCACGCCUCAACAGUGCCUCACGCCGCCUCCGCCGGACCCGCUGUUCUCGCACCUCCCAGCGACAUUAACGCCGACCGUGCUCCAGACUCCUUCACCCAGCUCGUGCGCGAUGAGCCGAAAGCACAAGCCGUGCAAUUCUUCUCCCCAGCCACGGAUAUCACCGAGGAUGACGACGCCGCCGCCGCCGCCGUUGCGGCCGCUACUUUGUCGAUCGCGCGAGUCUCCGGGACUCCCGAAUCCGCGCCUUACGCCUUCGCGUCCCUUCCGCCCACGCCCGUCUUCCCCUCCGCCCACGCGAUGUCCGCCUUCCUCUCCGCCUUCGCCAACGUCCUGCAGAACGUCCCUCGGCGCGGUCGUCUUUCGCAGAAUCUCCCCAGCGCCAGCCAAACCUCGUCGGCGGGCUCGUUGUCCGGCGCUGAGCAGACUACCGCCGCUGUCACCGUAUCGGGGGCUAGCCUGGCGGCGGCUGGAGCUGCAGUAGUGGAGAGGGCGCGGAUUGGGUUGGUGGCGAUGAUGGGUCAUCCCACACGAGGCGUGCGCGGAGGGACUGCAUGGCUGGAGCGCAAGGCAGCUGCGGAGCUGUGCCUCGAGGAGCUGGAAAGGGACUUGGUUAUGCUCCGCUCCUCGCGCCAUGAUCUCCCUUCUUCCACUGUCGUCCGCCUCGCCACUCUUCAUUGCGUGGAUGCUGCUCGAAUCAUCAGAUCAUUGUGA